AAGUACCAUGGACUGCCUCUGCAUUGUGACUACAAAGAAGUACAGGUACCAGGAUGAGGAGACGCCCCCCUUGGAGCACAGUCCAGCACAUCUGGCUCCAGGGAAAAGUGCAGAGAUGCUUCACAUGAGUGACAAGAACCUCGCUGCCAUGGAGGCCAUACACGGCUACACACCACACACACAUAUCUCUCCUGUCAAGGGAAAUACUCCUCCAGUGGUGGUGAACACUGACACACUCGAUGGCUCCCCAUAUGUAAAUGGGACGGAAGGAGAAAUCGAGUAUGAGGAAAUCACUCUGGAGAGAGGUAACUCAGGCCUAGGCUUCAGCAUAGCAGGGGGAACAGACAACCCUCACGUGGGCGACGACCCCAGCAUCUUCAUCACCAAAAUCAUACCAGGAGGAGCCGCAGCUCAGGACGGACGGCUGAGUGUGAACGACUGCAUCCUAUUUGUGAAUGAUGUGGAUGUAAGGGAGGUGACACACAGCCAAGCUGUAGAGGCUCUUAAGGAGGCAGGUGCUAUCGUCCGCCUCUACGUUCUCCGCAGAAAACCAGCAGCAGAAAAAGUCACUGAAAUCAAACUAAUCAAAGGGCCGAAAGGAUUAGGCUUCAGCAUUGCUGGAGGGGUGGGAAACCAGCACAUACCAGGAGAUAACAGUAUCUAUGUCACCAAGAUCAUCGAAGGCGGGGCGGCUCAUAAAGAUGGGCGUCUGCAGAUCGGGGACAAGAUCCUAGCGGUGAACAACGUGGGUCUGGAGGACGUGAUGCACGAGGAUGCGGUGGGGGCUCUGAAGAACACAGCCGAGGUGGUGUACCUCAGGGUGGCCAAGCCCAACAACCUGUUCCUGACCAACUCCUACAACCCUCCAGACCUCACCAGCACAUAUUCCCACAUGGAUACUGAACUCAGCCACCCCAACUAUCUUGGCUCAGAUUACCCACAAGCCCUCACUCCCACCUCGCCGAGUCGGUUUUCUCCUGUACUGCACGGUAUUAUGGGAGAUGAUGACAUCCCCAGGGAGCCUCGUCGGGUGUUGAUCCACCGAGGCUCCACGGGUCUGGGAUUCAACAUCGUCGGAGGGGAGGACGGAGAAGGAAUCUUUAUCUCCUUCAUCCUGGCAGGAGGGCCGGCCGACCUGAGCGGAGAGCUGCACAAGGGCGAUCAGAUCCUCAGCGUAAAUGGCGUGGACCUGCGUAUGGCCACACAUGAACAGGCAGCUGCGGCACUGAAGAACGCUGGCCAGACAGUAACCAUCAUCGCUCAGUACAGACCCGACGAGUACAGCCGCUUUGAGGCCAAGAUCCAUGACUUGAGGGAGCAGCUGAUGAACAGCAGCAUGGGCUCUGGGACAACAACACUAAGGAGUAACCCAAAGAGAGGCUUCUACAUCAGGGCUCUGUUUGACUAUGAUAAGACUGCGGACUGUGGCUUCCUCAGUCAAGCACUGGGCUUCAAAUUUGGGGAUGUGCUGCAUGUGCUGGACUGCGGAGACGAGGAGUGGUGGCAGGCUCGAAAGGUCAGCCCGCAGAAUGAGGCUGAAGAGGUUGGCUUCAUCCCCAGCAAGCACAGGGUGGAAAGAAAAGAGUGGUCUCGUGUUAACACCAAAGGGAGAGAUAAAACCUCGCACAGUUAUGAGACAGUUACUCAAGUGGAAGUACAUUAUGCGAGGCCCAUCAUCAUUCUGGGUCCCGUGAAGGACAGGAUAAAUGAUGACCUGUUGUCUGAGUUCCCUGAUAAGUUUGGAUCUUGUGUCCCACACACCACGCGGCCCAAGAGGGAGUACGAGGUAGACGGGCGGGACUAUCACUUUGUGUCGUCAAGGGAACAGAUGGAGAAGGACAUCCAGAGCCAUCGGUUCAUCGAGGCCGGACAGUACAACAGUCACCUGUACGGCACCAGUGUCCAGAGUGUCCGCGAGGUGGCUGAACAGGGGAAACACUGCAUCCUGGAUGUCUCUGCCAAUGCUGUACGUCGACUACAAGCAGCUCAGCUUCAUCCUAUCGCCAUCUUUGUCCGACCCAAGUCACUGGAGAAUGUCCUAGAAAUCAACACUCGCCUGACAGAAGAACAGGCCAGGAAAGGAAUGGACCGAGCCCUCAAACUAGAACAAGACUUCCUAGAGUGUUUCUCCGCUGUCGUCGAAGGGGACAGCUUUGAAGAGGUCUAUCACAAAGUAAAGACAGUGAUCGAGGAGCAAUCAGGGCCUUACAUCUGGAUUCCCACCCGGGAGAGGCUGUGA